AUCCAUCCAUCGACCAUCGGAUGUGUUCUUUUUUUUGGUUUCAAACAGAACAAUUUUCUUGAAUCCAUCCAUUGGCAUUCCCUUUUAGAUUUCACGGGCCGGUCUACUCUCCCUGCCGGUGGGUGGGUUGGUUUGGUGGGCGCCUUCUAGUUUGUCGUUCUUCAGCUAACUUUACCGAUUCCGUCUUCAACAGCGCGUCAACAAACGCGCCCGCCGGCCGUCCGUACGUCGUCCACCGCCGCCGCCUCUCCCCUCUCGCCCGGGGAUUCGACUGGGGGCGGCUGGCCAGAGAAGCUGCAGCGGGACUAGAGGAAUGGAGAAGGUGUUCAAUAAGCUGAGGACGCUCGACGCGUACCCGAAGAUCAAUGAGGACUUCUACAGCCGGACCCUCUCGGGCGGCGUCAUCACCCUCGUCUCCUCCCUCCUCACCCUCUUCCUCUUCUUCUCCGAGUUCAGAUUGUACCUUCACACUGUUAAUGAAACGAAGCUUCUUGUUGAUACUUCAAGAGGAGAAAAGCUGCGUAUAAACUUUGAUGUUACCUUUCCCUCCAUUCCCUGUUCGCUGCUCAGUGUUGAUGCCAUGGAUAUCAGCGGAGAGCAACAUAUUGAUAUCAGGCACGACAUAACCAAGAAAAGAAUUGAUGCUCAUCACAAUGUUAUCGAGAUUCGGCCAGACGGGAUAGGUUCACCAAAGAUUGAGACGCCUUUGCAGAAGCAUGGUGGGAGGCUUGAACACAACGAAACAUACUGUGGGACGUGCUAUGGCGCUGAAACGUCAGAUGAACAUUGCUGUAACACAUGUGAAGAGGUUCGUGAGGCAUACAGGAAGAAAGGUUGGGCAAUAACAAAUGUGGAAUUGAUUGACCAGUGCAAGCGAGAAGGUUUUGUUCAGAAAGUGAAGGAAGAAGAAGGAGAAGGAUGUAAUAUUUACGGUUCUCUGGAAGUGAACAAAGUGGCUGGAAAUUUCCAUUUUUCCCCUGGGAAAAGCUUCCAUCAUUCAAGUGUCAACUUGCAGGAUUUGCUUGCUAUCCAAAAUGAUAUCUACAAUAUAAGCCAUAAGAUCAAUAGAUUAUCAUUUGGUGACUACUUCCCAGGUGUGGUGAAUCCUCUCGAUGGGGUACAGUGGGCACACGAUUCUCAGUAUGGCAUGUACCAGUACUUCAUCAAGGUUGUUCCGACGGUAUAUACAGAUAUCAGGGGCCGCACUAUCAAGUCAAAUCAGUACUCAGUGACAGAGCACUUCAGGAGUAACGAAGUAGGACGCCCUCAAGCUUUCCCUGGAGUUUUCUUCUUCUAUGACUUUAAUCCGAUAAAGGUUACUUUCAAGGAAGAGCACAUACCAUUUCUGCACUUCAUCACAAAUAUCUGUGCCAUAGUUGGAGGAAUAUUCACGGUGGCAGGAAUAGUAGAUUCAUUUGUGUAUCAUGGUCAGAGAGCAAUUAAGAAGAAGAGGCAGCUCGGCAAGUUCAGUUAAAUGAUCUUCGUUUCCAUGUAUUUGCACCAGUAUCGUGUUGAAGAGGGUCCUCGUCCAUGUUCUCUCUCUCAUUUCUUUCUAGCCUUCUAGGCAGAUAGGUUUCCAGCGGGUCAUGAUCAUGAGAAUUCUGAUUUUGGUCUCAGGUUUGGCAGUUUGUAAGUGACGUGAUGCGCAAAAUUUUGCUCAAAAACUCAGAUCAGACUAAUUUGUCUCCGAUUAUCCUG